CAUCAUUGAAUUGAAUUAAUAUCACAUAUUAUAAAACAUUGACCAUAAUAUUCAACUCUAUCUCAUUCAAUUUUCUCACGUUGACCCAAACCCAAUAUUCUACUUCUAAUUGAGCAAACUCAUAUACAUCAUAGUUCAUCAUUAUAUUCAUCACAACUUAGAAGAAAACAACUACCUAGGCAACAAAAAAAACAAUGGAAGGUGUUGUGGUUCAGAAUGGAGCACAAGUAUCACAAGGAUCAUGGGCUCAUAACCAAUUCACAAGAUAUGAAAACAAUCAAGGAAAUUGGAUGGAACAAAUGAGAGGUUCUCUAAUGAUAGUAGCAACAGUUAUUGCAUCGUUAACUUUCCAAAUCGCAAUCAACCCUCCAGGUGGUGUUUGGCAAGAAAACUCAGGUAUUCAACAAGGUUGUGCUCCUGACCAAACAUGCAAAGCUGGUACUUCAGUUUUAGCUUUUGGUGAUAGUGCCCAAAAGACUAGAUAUGAACUUUUCUUACUUUUGUGUACCGUCUCUUUCUCGGCUUCUCAGUCGAUAAUCGUGUUGCUGAUAUGUGGAUUUCCUCUUCGGAACAAGUUUGUUAUGUGGUUUCUUAUACUUAUUACGUGUCUCUCAGUGUUUUGUACCGCUGGUGCUUAUGUGAUUUCGAUUUGGAUGAUACUGAAUCCGCUUGACGGAACAUUUUAUCGUGUCACAAUUUAUUAUGUGGUUUUUUGGGUAGGGUUGAUUGUUUUGUUGUUUGUGAUACUUUUGUGCCGUUUGGUGUUUUGGAUGCUCAAGAAGUUCUUUCGUUUUAUCUGCUGCUGCUGAAGGAUUGCAGGCUAUCAUGAACUUUUGUGAGAUACAUUUAUUUUUAUUUUUUUUACUUAGGUAAAUUUAUGGGAACAUUACAUAUUAUCAAGUUGUGUUUUGUUGUUUACACAAUAACAGAUGUUAUUGAAUUGUAAUUCUCUUAUGUAAAAUCAUCUUGGUCAAAAGCACAAUAAUAUAGUAUAAAUAAUAUAUUUUUAAUACUAAAAUACAA